AUGACUGCGGAGACAUCACAACCCCUGUGUCCAAAUAUCCACGUUCAGAGACGGCAACAAAGGCAACGACGAGAUCAGCGACAAAGCACGCUUUUUCGCAAAGCAUAUGAGAUGAGCGAGUAUUGUAAUGCUGAUGUAUUUCUCGGUGUCCGGAUACGAGAUACGGGUCGCAUAACAACAUUCUGUGCUGAUGGUGCAGGAAUUUGGUCACCAUUUAUUUCCUGUCUAAAUUCCUAUUAUCCCACGCCGAAUCACAAAACGUCGGAGAAUUAUAUCACAAACUCCCCGCAGCGUGAGCAGACGAAAGCACCUCAAGAUUCCUGA